AUGGGCACAUUGAUCGAUCGGUUUGAGGAGCAUGACGGACCAGUUCGCGGCAUUGAUUUCCACAAGACCCAACCACUCUUCGUUUCUGGCGGAGAUGACUACAAGAUCAAAGUCUGGUCGUACCAAUCGAGAAGAUGUCUGUUUACUCUCAAUGGCCAUCUUGACUAUGUCCGCACAGUAUUUUUCCAUCAUGAGCUCCCUUGGAUCCUCUCCGCAUCAGACGAUCAAACGAUCAGAAUUUGGAAUUGGCAGAAUCGGUCUCUGAUCUGCACCAUGACCGGUCACAAUCAUUACGCUAUGUGCGCGCAAUUCCACCCGAAGGAAGACCUCAUCGUCUCCGCCUCGCUUGAUCAGUCGGUAAGAGUAUGGGAUAUUUCAGGUCUCAGGAAGAAGCAUUCAGCUCCAACCUCAAUGAGCUUUGAAGAUCAAAUGGCGCGUGCAAACCAGCAACAAGCAGAUAUGUUUGGCAAUACCGAUGCAGUGGUCAAGUUCGUCCUCGAAGGUCACGAUCGAGGCGUCAACUGGGUCGCGUUCCACCCAACUCUUCCACUGAUCGUUUCAGCCGGUGAUGAUCGCCUGGUCAAGUUGUGGAGAAUGAGCGAAACAAAGGCAUGGGAAGUUGACACAUGUCGAGGUCAUUUCCAGAAUGUAUCAGCAUGUCUCUUCCAUCCCCACCAGGACUUGAUUCUGUCGGUGGGCGAAGACAAGACUGUCCGAGUUUGGGAUCUAAAUAAGAGAACCUCCGUCCAAUCCUUUAAGAGAGAGAACGACAGAUUUUGGGUGAUAGCUGCGCAUCCGGAGAUCAACCUUUUUGCUGCCGGACAUGACAACGGAGUUAUGGUCUUCAAGCUUGAACGGGAGCGGCCAGCAUCCUCAGUUUAUCAGAACCAGCUCUUUUAUGUUACCAAGGACAAGCAUGUCCGCUCUUACGAUUUUACAAAGAACACAGAGUCGCCCUCUCUGCUCUCACUUAGAAAGUUUGGGAGCAAUUGGGUGCCUCCUCGGACAUUGUCAUACAACCCUGCAGAGCGUUCCAUACUGGUCACAUCACCGUCAGACAGUGGUAGCUACGAACUGAUUGGACUUCCUCGAGAUGCUACCGGUGCUUCGGACCCAACAGAUAUUAAGCGAGGAUCCGGGAAUGCUGCCGUCUUUGUCGCACGCAACCGUUUCGCUGUCUUCAGCUCCUCGACUCAACAGGUGGAGAUCAAAGACUUGAGCAACUCCACCACAAAGGCCUUCAAAGCCCCAACACCUGGGACCACCGAUAUCAGUUACGGUGGUACUGGAUGCUUGUUACUUCUGAGUCCAUCGAACGUUAUUCUCUACGAUAUCCAGCAGAAGAAGCAGCUCGCCGAGCUAGCUGUGGCGGGGGUCAAAUAUGUCUCAUGGUCCAACGAUGGUCUAUAUGCUGCUCUGCUCAGCAAACACAACGUCACAAUUGUGAACAAGAAUCUUGAACAAGUCAGCACAUUACAUGAAACCAUCAGAAUCAAGAGCGCAACAUGGGAUGACUCAGGUGUCUUGCUCUACUCGACCUUGAAUCACAUCAAAUACACUCUUCUUAAUGGUGAUAAUGGCAUCCUGAGAACUCUUGAUCAGACGGUAUACCUGGUCAAGGUCAAAGGUCGCAACGUGUAUUGUCUCGACCGAGCAGCUAAACCUAAGGUUCUGAGCAUCGACCCAACAGAAUACCGCUUCAAGCUUGCCUUAGUCAAACGAAAUUACGACGAAAUGCUUCAAAUUAUCAAGAACUCAAGCCUGGUUGGACAGAGCAUCAUUGCCUAUGUGCAGAAAAAGGGCUAUCCUGAAAUCGCACUUCAGUUCGUCCAAGACCCGCAGACAAGGUUCGAGCUGGCCAUCGAGUGUGGUAACCUAGAGGUCGCAACCGAGAUGGCCAAAGAGCUUGACCGACCGAAGAUUUGGACUCGUCUCGGGGCUGAAGCUCUUAUCCAUGGUAACCAUCAGACCGUUGAGAUGACAUACCAGAAACUUCGAAAUUUCGACAAGCUUUCUUUCCUUUAUCUCUGCACUGGUGAUCAGGAGAAGCUUACAAGAAUGGCGAAGAUUGCAGAGCAUCGUAGCGACUUUGUGUCACGCUUCCAAAAUGCUCUUUACCUGGGUGACGUCGAAAGCCGCAUCCAAAUGUUCAAGGAAAUCGAUCUCUACCCUCUGGCUUAUCUGACAGCAAAGACACAUGGCCUGACGGAGGAGUGCCAGUCCAUUCUUGAGUUGUGCGGCCUCACUGAAGAUCAAAUAUCGAUGCCGGAAUCUGGCAAAGCACUUGUACCUCCCAAAGCCGUUGUGCCUACGUACAAGGCGAAUUGGCCAGUUAAGGAGGCUUCUCACUCCUCAUUUGAGAAGGCCUUACUCGGCGAGGUUGGAGGCACUGUUGAGGAUGACGACGGACAUGACCUCUUGAAUGAAGAUGUCCCUACCACUGCGGAUGGCGCUGGUCUUACGAUCGAAGAUGAAGCCGAAGCCGGGGAAGGAUGGGACAUGGGCGAUGACAUCGGCCUCGAUACCACCGGGGAUGAUUCCGAAUUUGUGAACGUUGACAGCCCUGAUACUGCAGUCGAAGCGGCUGGACCCGGUAGCUCGGAAGCCGAAAUGUGGGCACGCAACUCCCCUCUCGCUGCUGACCACGUCGCUGCGGGUUCAUUCGAGAGCGCUAUGCAAUUGCUCAACCGACAGAUUGGUGCUGUCAACUUCACCCCUCUCAAACCCAGAUUUUUUGAGAUCUAUCAAGCUUCCAAAACCUAUCUACCCGCCAAUACCGGAUUACCUCCUAUCCUCAAUUACGUCCGUCGUAACGUUGAUGAGACAGACAGCAGGAAGGUGCUGCCAAUUAUUCCCAAGACUCUAGACUCUCUCAGCAGUGCGGACUUACAGGAGGGUUAUACUGCUAUGCGAACCAACAAACUUGAAAGUGGUGUUGUCACUUUCCGAACCAUUCUGCAAAAACUUCUGGUGAAUGUAGUUAGUUCAGAAGCUGAAGUGGAUGAAGCAAAGGCUUUGAUCGCAAAGUCAAUGGAGUAUACCCUCGCCAUGAGCAUCGAACUGGAGAGGAGACAGCUUGCCACGGCAGGUGGUGACUCGGAAGAACAGCUCAAGCGACAAUUGGAGUUGUCAGCAUACUUCACCGUGCCGAAGCUGGACGUUCCUCAUCGACAACUUGCACUUAUGGCAGCCAUGAAACUGGCUUUCUCCAAUAAACAGUUCUCCAGUGCCCUCUCCUUUGCUAACCGAGUACUUGCGAACGGCGGUGCUCCGAAGUUGCUUGAACAGGCAAAGAAAGUCAAACAGCAGGCUGAACGCUCCGGCUCGAGCGACAAGAUCGACAUUGAAUACGAUCAAUUUGCCGAGUUCGAAAUUUGUGCGGCUUCUUAUACGCCAAUCUAUACUGGGUCGCAGAGUGUGUCGUGUCCUUUCGAUGGUGCGAAGUACCAGAGCCAGUACAAGGGACAAGUCUGCAAGAUCUGCGAAGUGUGCGAAAUUGGCGCUGCUGCCAGUGGGCUGAGAUUAUGGGUUCGAGGAUUGUAA